CCAGUCCAGCUAACAUCUUUUUGCAUUCUUUCUAGUUUAAUAGUAUCCUUUUUGCAGUAGGUGUAAUGAUCAUUGUAAAAACAUCUUGAGGGGGAAGGAAAUGGAACACCCUUACCUGCUUCGACGUACACAUGAACCCAGACCCACAGCAAUGUGGCAGUCUCUUUAACUGCCCUCAGGACAAUGACCCGAGCAAGCUGCCUGGUUUAUUUCAUAAAUGCUGACCCAGCCCACACCCCAAGAUCCAAGACGAUAUAAGGAGAUGUGUUUGGUACAAUAUUCAUAGAAUCCUAGAAUCCCUACAGACCCUUCAGCCCAACAAGUCCACACCGACCCUCCCAAGAGUAACCCACCCAGACCCAUUCCCCUACUAUCCUAGAUUUACCCCUGACCAACCCACCCUAACCUGCACAUCCCAUGACACUACAGGACAAUUUAGCACGGCCAAUCCACCCUAACCAGCACAUCCCAUGACACUACAGGACAAUUUAGCACGGCCAAUCCACUCUAACCUGCACAUCCCUGGACACUAUGGGGCAAUUUAGCAUAGCCAAUCCACCCUAACCUACACAUCCCUGGGCACUACGGGACAAUUUAGCAUGGCCAAUCCACCCUAACCUGCACAUCCCUGGGCACUACGGGACAAUUUACCAUGGCCAAUCCACCCUAACCUGCACAUCCCUGGGCACUAUGGGACAAUUUAGCAUAGCCAAUCCACCCUAACCUGCACAUCCCUGGGCACUAUGGGACAAUUUAGCAUGGCCAAUCCACCCUAACCUGCACAUCCCUGGACACUAUGGGACAAUUUAGCAUGGCCAAUCCACCCUAACCUGCACAUCCCUGGGCACUAUGGGACAAUUUAGCAUAGCCAACCCACCCUAACCUGCACAUCCCUGGGCACUAUGGGACAAUUUAGCAUGGCCAAUCCACCCUAACCUGCACGUCUUCGGAUUGUGGGAGGAAACCGGAGCACCCGGAGGAAACCCACACAGACACGGGGGGGAGAAUGUGCAAACUCCACACAGACAGUCUCCCUCGAUGGGGGGGUAUUGAACCCGGGUCCCUGGCACUGCCCCAAUCCUGAAGCAAUUUCUCACAGUUGGUAGAGGAAUUGCGAGGGAGCUGUGAGCACAGUUCAGAGGUAAAGAAGGUCAGAGUUCAAAACCUUGACAUUUGUUUAUCCCAUGGGAUCUCUGGGUCGUCACAGAGGGGCAGCAUUUUCAGGGCAUGGUAUCUCUGCCAAAGUGCCAAUAAUGGUCCAACCCUGCAGGUUGUUUCGGGGUGGGGGUGGGUAGAGCUUUCUGACCAAACCUGAGCCACGCAAUCCCUGGGAGGUGCCGCCCGUCAGCCGGAGGGAGGUGGCCACACGGGGAGACCAGGCUGUAAGAUCGGCCCCACACCACAGGUUCCAUCGAGAGACAGUGCACGGAGGAUCAAGUGGAGAGUGGAACAUCUGCUGUGCUAUAGCAAAAUCAAACUGCGUGGGCCCUCGGGUCGCGAUACCCUGCCUCAUCGCGCAUUUGCAGCGGGGCGUGAGGGUUGGGAGAAAUGUGGUGGGGGGUGGGUACGGAUAAGAAGGGGGUCUUGCUGGGUUGGGGACAGUUGCCCAACUGUAUUCGACGACCAAAGAUGUCUGGACGGGGACAUGAAUAGGAAGGGUUUGGAGGGAUAAGGGCCGGGUGCUGGCAGGUGGGACUAGAUUGGGUUGGGAUAGCUGGUCGGCGUGGGCCGAAGGGUCUGUUUCUGUACUGUACAUCUGAAUGAUCACAAGUGUUUACUUCAGCACGAGAGGUUAGAUUUUGUGUGUUACAGUUUUGAGGCGCGACAAAAUUUUGUAUGUCUUCAAUGGCAAUAAAAAGAGAUUUUAUAAAACAAA